AGGACGAGCGCGCCCUCGCUCCGAGCCCUUCGUGCUGUGGACGCGAAAGUGAGGCGCUCGCCACAGAGUGGACGACUCGCGGACAGAGGGAGAGAGAGAGAGAGAGGCUCACUCACUCACUCACGCUCGCUCGCUCACACUCAAGACUCAUCAUACUCGCAGCGUGCAGCGGCCAAGGCUGUUAGCUCCAUUGGAGAGCCCGAGACACACCGGGGAGAGAGAGAGAUAUAGAGAGAGAUAUAGAGAGAGAUAUAUAGAGAGAUAGGCUGCGUAAACGGGGACCGCUGAAGAAGAUGUCAGACAAGCAGACCUCGUUCCUGCAACAGGCGGAGAUCUCUGCCUCGCAGUUUCUGGAUGCGUGGAGCCGCUACGAUGCGGAUGAGAAUGGCUUCAUCGAGGGCAAGGAGCUCGAGAACUUCUUCCGAGACCUGGAGCAGGCGCGGCGCGGUGUUGGGGUGGAACUGCCCGAGAGUGUGGUGAAAGAGAAGAUGAAAUCGUUCAUGGAAAAGUACGACAAGAACGCGGACGGAAAGAUAGAGAUGGCAGAGUUGGCGCAAAUUCUCCCGACCGAGGAGAACUUCCUUCUCUUCUUCCGGCAACACGUCAAGUCCAGCGCCGAGUUCAUGGAGACGUGGAGGCGAUACGACACGGACCGCAGCGGCUACAUCGAGGCCAACGAGCUGAAGAACUUCCUGCGUGACCUGCUGACCAAGGCCCGCAAGAAGUACGACAACGACAAGCUGGACGAGUACACGCACACCAUCUUGAGAAUAUUCGACACCAACCGUGAUGGAAAAUUGGGUCUGGGUGAAAUGGCGAGGUUGCUUCCUGUGCAGGAAAACUUCCUGUUGAAGUUUCAGGGAGUCAAAAUGACAGCCAAGGAAUUCAACGAGAUAUUCGCGUACUACGACAAGGACGGGAGCGGCUACAUCGACGAGAACGAGCUGGAUGCCCUGCUCAAGGACUUGCUGGAGAAGAACAAGCAGGAGACGGACAUCCAGGCCAUGACGGUCUACCGCAAGAACAUCAUGGCCCUCUCGGACGGCGGGAAGCUCUACAGGAAUGAGCUGGAGCGAGCGCUCUGCUCCGAGACCCUCUAAUGCCUCCAACCCCACGCUGUACCCCAUUCCCACUUUCCCUACCCAGCCUGCGCUCCCACAUUCCCCCCACCCCUACGUGGCCACAAUCAGAAGUUGAAACCUCUGCAGAGUCUGGCGAUUGCAAACAGCGGUCGACGUUUUAAAUCGAAUUGCGAACGGUUGACGCUGCGUAUCGUCGGCGGCGUGACGUCCUGUCCGACGUUUGUGGCACCACAAGCCGGGGAGAAAUCCUUCAGCUUCUCCUGAAGUUCUUUGAAAGCGAAGAAUUCGAUUGGCUGGCGGCAACCCCCAGCACGUGGAGCGAAACUUCGGACAUGGCGCCCAGACAACACGCGGGAACAAACCCGAAUUCACAAUCAGAGAGGCUUAACCGAUGUACUGCUCGGGCGAAUCGCGGGGCUCUGCUCGUCUCAGUCGGCAGCCCCGAGUCAAAAGUGGAAAUUCCACAUUCCCAUGCCAGGGAGCAGUCUGCCCACGGAACGGCCGCGAUUGAUAAUCCUGAAGAGUGGCUCUCUGGUCAGGGCCAGGGUGUGAACUCGUGGUUUUAUUAGUCGACUACAAAAUGAGCGAAAUAGCUGAUUUAAAUUAAAAACGACGAUCCAAAACUAAAAUUAUUUCGAAAAAAGUCAAAGUGAUUUCUUGCCCAAUUGCCUACAGCCAGUAGUGGGAAAAUCCGCAUUCCUAUGGCGGGGGCGAGACGUUCCAUCGGACAACCACUGUUGACUUGCCCACAAAAUGGUACUAAUUCUAUCGGCCCCAGAGGGAUGAUGGGCGGAGUCAACCCCCAACCAGGAUUUGAACUCGCGCGACAUUUCUGAUUGCUGCGAGCCGUCCAGAAUCGGAAUCUCGAUUUUAGACUGGUUAGAAAUCCGAUGAGCUACGAAGCGCUUUUUUCCCACAAAAUAUUCAGUUUAAGGGGCGCGUCAGACAAAUUCACAACGA